CGGCCUCACCGCUCCUACCCGCCGCCAUGUGCGCCGCCGAGGUGGACCAUCACGUAGCCCAGCGAUACAUGAUCAAGCGGCGGCUCGGGAAGGGGGCCUACGGCAUUGUGUGGAAGGCAGUGGAUCGGAGGACCGGGGAGGUUGUGGCCAUCAAGAAAAUCUUUGACGCCUUUAGGGAUAAGACGGAUGCCCAGAGAACGUUCCGGGAAAUCAUGCUGCUCCAGGAACUUGGGGACCAUCCCAACAUCAUCCGGCUCCUGGAUGUGAUCCGGGCGGAGAAUGACAGGGACAUUUACCUGGUGUUCGAGUCUAUGGAUACUGACCUGCACGCAGUCAUCUGCAAGGGCAGACUACUGAAGGACGUUCACAAGCGCUACAUCUUCUACCAGCUGCUGCGGGCCACCAAGUUUAUCCACUCCGGAUGCGUCAUCCACCGGGAUCAGAAGCCGUCCAACGUUCUCCUGGAUGCCAGCUGCCUGGUGAAGCUCUGUGACUUUGGCCUGGCCCGCUCUCUCAGCGACCUCCCUGAGGGGCCUGAGGGCCAGGCCCUGACAGAGUACGUGGCCACACGCUGGUACCGGGCUCCUGAGGUGCUGCUGUCCUCGAGCUGGUACACCCCUGGGGUGGACAUGUGGAGCCUGGGCUGCAUCCUGGGUGAGAUGUUGCGGGGAAAGCCCCUGUUCCCCGGCACAUCCACGCUUCACCAGCUGGAGCUGAUCCUCAACACCAUCCCGCCACCAUCUGAGGAGGACCUCCUGGCUCUCAGCUCAGGCCACAGUGCCUGGAUUCUGCACCACCUGGGGUCCCGCCCGCGGCAGACACUGGACACCCUCCUGCCCGCCAACACGCCCCCCGAAGCCCUGGACCUCCUCAGGCGACUCCUGGUGUUUGCCCCAGACAAACGGCUCAGCGCAGCCCAGGCGCUGCAGCACCCGUAUGUGCAGAGGUUCCACUGCCCGGCCCAUGAGUGGACACUAGAGGCAGAUGUGCGGCUGCCCGUGCACGAAGGAGUCCAGCUCACAGCCCCUGAGUAUCGCAACCGCCUCUAUCAGAUGAUCCUGGAGCGCAGGGGAAACUGCCGCAUCCCGAGAGAGAAGCGACUGGGAGAUGGCCCUCUGGGGGCAGAGCCCAGCGCCCCGUGGCCCCAGGUGCACCCCCUCAAACCCAGAGCCGCCCCCCUGUUGCCCUCGGGCUGGACUGCGCAGGACCCUGGACACAGGCCUCAGAAUAGCCCCGAUCACGCCCCUGCGCAUGAUACCCCUGGCAGAGCCAAGAACGUUCCCAGGCAGAAUUCGGCCCACCUGCUCCAGCCUCCGCCCCCAAAAGGACCGGGGAGAGGGGAAAGGGCCCCUGGGGCGACGGCAGAGUCCCCCUCGGCACCCUCGUGGGCGAAGCCCAGCGUGCUGGGGGCGGCGCCCUCCCUGACCUCGCAGGCCGCCGCCCAAGUGGCCAUCCAAGCCCUGCUCCGGAACGGCCGGGACCCGGGCCGUGGGGCGAGGGCGGCCGGCGCGCGACCGGUGCCUCUCCAGCGUCCCCGGGAGGUCAGGCCCGGCCGGAGAAUGUUCAGCGCCUCUGCCUCUCAGGGGAUCCAGGCGGCCGCUAGAGCCGCGCUCGGGGGCUACUCCCAAGCCUACGGUACCGUUUGCCACUCUGCGCUGGGCCACCUGCCCCUGCUCUCGGGACCCCGCGCAUGACCCGCGCUUGCCGCCGCCCUCCCGGCUCCGCUCUGCGGGGCAUCUGCGCCAGCCGCUCAGACCUGCGCCCCACCCCCGCCACCGGAUUGCCCCCA